UCUUAUCCCCUGCCCACACCCUGCACCCUGCUUUUAUCAUCCCAGGUCUCCGGACUCUCAGACUUCGAGGUGUGACAAAGCCACGGACUACAAAACAGAGAAUUCUGGGGGAAGGAAGUGACGACAUGGAGCAAAGCACGCUGGGCUCGGGCGGGUUCAGCUCUAGCGAUUCCUUCCUCUCAGCGUGGUUGCAGAGAAGGGAGCGCUGCUAGGAGCUUUAAUUGUUUUGGUUAAUAGUGGUGUGGAGUGAGCUCCUUUGAUGGAAGGAGAGCUGAGUUAAAAGGUUGGAGCAUCUGCGGACUCGAGGUCGAAGCCAACGUCAAGGCGGUCUGGAAUUGAGAUUGGGAGAUCUAGCCAGCUGGCAGCCAUGAAUGAAUGGAUGAAGAAAAGCCCCUUAGAAUGGCAAGAUUACACUUACAAAGCGGUUAGCGUAACAGCCAGUGACAAGGAGUACAAAGGAUGGGUUUUAACCACAGACCCAGUCUCUGCCAAUAUUGUCCUCGUGAACUUCCUUGAAGAUGGCAGCAUGUCUGUGACUGGAAUUAUGGGACAUGCUGUACAGACUGUUGAAAUUGUGAAUGAAGGGGACCAUAGCGUGAGAGAGAAGCUGAUGCAUCUGUUCAUGUCUGGAGACUGCAAAGCAUACAGCCCUGAGGAUCUGGAAAAGAGGAAGAACAGCCUGAAGAAAUGGCUGGAGAAGAAUCACAUCCCCAUCACUGAACAAAGAGAUUCACGAAAGACUCUUUGUGUGGCUGGGGUCUUGACCAUAGACCCACCAUAUGGUCCAGAAAAUUGCAACAGUUCUAAUGAGAUUAUUUUGUCGCGUGUUCAGGAUCUUAUUCAAGGAUAUCUGGAAGCUCCCCAAUGAGAGGCUAAGAACUGUGGAUGCACUGAUUGAAAUAAGAUUUCAUGUUUUUGAAAGUUCUUUGUUGUUUUAGGUAAAAUCAAAGAUGGGCAUUAUUGGUACUAAUAAGUGAACUGGGGAAGGAUGACAUCUCAGACAAAAUUAACUUGGGGACAACAGAAUUACAAGAAUCUCUUCUUUUGAUGGAAAUACACCUCCAUUUAUGUUAGGCAAGAAAUGUAUUUGGAAAAGAUGCAACAUGUUAGAUUCAAUAUAAAAUGCUAAGGUAAAAUCAUAGUCUUGCUAACACUGCUUAUUCUAACUAGAUGUGUCUUUUUUUUUAAAUUUUUAUUGAGUUAUAGUUAACAUACCAUACAAUUCACUAGCUUUACUUGCACAGUUCAGUGACUUUUGAUGUAUUUACAGUGUUGUGCAACUAUCACUACAGGCAUAGAGGUUUUUUUUUUUUGGUGGUGGUGUUUUUUUUUUUUUUGGUGGUUUCAUGAUGUGUGGGAUCUUAGUUCCCCACCCAGGGAUUGAACUCUCACCCCCUGCAUUGGAAGUGUGGAAUCUUAACCACUGGACCACUAGGGAAGUCCCUAGAUGUGUCUUUUUUAAAAAUGUCUGUUAAAAAAAAAUUUUUUUUAGCAUAAUGAUGAAACAGCUUUUGAAUUAAAAUAUAUGCCUUUUUGGUUGAAACAUGAAAGUUUUGGUAAAAUCUUAA